ACUCAUUCAAGCUUAAUAAGAAACCAAACUUUUACUGUUCCUUUUGAUUGCCUAUAAAUACACGUUCGUCGACACUUAACAAUUUCAAAAACAAACCAACAUAAAAGACAAGAAUCACAAACAUCAAACAUUUCUCAAUCUACCCCCAAAAACGACUCGUAUUCCAUACCAACCUCAAUGGCUUGUUAUUGCAAACUCUUAACCGGCUUCCUAUUAUGGGCUCUUUUGAUGCUUUCAUGGUGCGAAGCUUCAAGACGCAGCAUUAAUGGAUAUGAUCAUGAUCAUUCUUAUGGAAUUUUCAAAUCCAAUAGCUUAAUCAAGCGAAGAGAUGAUGGUACACGUUUGAAAAGCUUCGCACGAGUCUCUUCGCUGCCUCCAACCACCGUUAGUGUUUCUGAUUUUGGAGCUAAAGGAGAUGGAAAAACCGAUGACACGCAGGCGUUCGUGAAUGCAUGGAAUAAAGCAUGUUCUUCAAGUGGAGCCGUUAAUCUCUUAGUUCCUGAAAGGAAGACUUACUUCCUCAAGUCUAUUCGAUUAAAUGGUCCAUGCAAAUCAAUCAUUACCGUUCAGAUCUUCGGAACAUUAUCGGCAUCUCAAAAACGAUCGGAUUACAAAGAUAUCACCAAAUGGAUUACGUUUGAUAGCGUUAACAGUCUGUCUGUAGAUGGUGGAGCCACCGGAACUGUCAACGGAAACGGCGAAACGUGGUGGCAAAACUCAUGCAAACGGAACGAAGCUCAGCCAUGCACAAACGCACCAACGGCUCUUACUUUCUACAACUCGAAGAAUUUGAGAGUGAAUAAUCUGAGGGUGAGAAAUGCGCAACAGAUUCAGAUUUCGAUUGAGAAAUGCUCCAACGUCCAGGUCUCAAAUGUUGAGGUCACUGCGCCUGCUGAUAGUCCUAACACCGAUGGUAUACACAUCACUAACAGCCAAAACAUUCAAAUCUCCAAAUCCAUCAUUGGAACAGGUGAUGAUUGUAUAUCUAUUGAAACUGGAUCACAAAAUGUUAACAUCAAUGAUUUAACUUGUGGUCCCGGUCACGGCAUCAGCAUUGGGAGCUUAGGAGAUGACAAUUCAAAGGCAUUUGUAUCAGGUGUGACUGUGGAUGGUGCUAAGCUUUCUGGUACAGACAAUGGAGUUAGGAUCAAAACUUACCAGGGAGGGUCAGGAACUGCUAGCGAUAUCAUAUUCCAGAACAUUCAGAUGGACAAUGUGAAGAAUCCAAUCAUAAUCGACCAAGAUUAUUGCGACAAGAGCAAAUGCACCGAACAGACAUCUGCGGUCCAAGUGAAGAACGUGGUGUACCGGAACAUAAGUGGCACAAGCGCAUCAGACAUAGCAAUAACGUUGAACUGUAGCAAGAACUAUCCAUGCCAAGGGAUUGUGCUUGACAAAGUGAACAUUAAGGGAGGCAAAGGAAGCUGCAGCAAUGCUAAUGUGAUGGAUAAAGGCAUUGUUUUUCCUCAAUGCAAAUCCACUUAAUUAGUUAGACCAACCAAACACACAUACAAAUACACAUAGCUACAGAGUAUACAAUAGUAUGCUAAUAUACACAUAUACUUGUGGAAUAUAUACAUGGACACUGAAUUAGUUAAAAGACAUUGUCUAGUUAUGAAGUAUAGUAUAGGAAUAUACACAUAAACAACAUGUUCAAGAGAUUUAUUGUAUACUACUCCAUAUACUAUUGGUGUGUGUAAAAUUUAAUGAAUAAAAAAUUAUGUUUUUAAGUUGCUAUGGACCUGAAUGAUGGUAUUCUUUGUUGUGAUUAAAGUAUGAUGUGUAACUCAAUAUUUUAAUUUUUUGGGUCAAAAUUAAAUAUUUUAAUUUAAAGACACGAAAAAUGAAACUUAAGAGCAUGAUUAAUGGGAAGUUCUUAGAACAUGUUUAAUGGGAGUUAUUAGAGUGAAGUUCUUAUCGGAAUAUAAAAAUCUGUUUCUUAACUUUUAACUAAAAAAACUAAGAAC